AUGCAGGUGCCAACGAAGGUCCCCUCUGACAUCACGCACGCUCGGCUCGGCCGGCUCGAGCGCAACCAGGGUUUGGACACAACGAACGAACGGAUCUCCGGCCGAAGAAGGACGUUUCCGAACGUCCGGCAGAGAUCGGGAUGACGGGAAUGCCGACGACGCCGGCGCUGAACGUGGUUCGGUCAAUUUCUCACCAUCUCUUGGAGGAACCGUUAGCAUUGCCGAUGAUCCUACAGGGCCCCAGCUGUCGCCGCCUCCCCUGCUACCGCUCAUUGUU